AUGGCCCAAUUUGACCCCAAUCUUGAGCAGAUUCAGCAGUGCCUGGCCGAGGUCACGGCCGCUGUCGACCAGUAUCGCAAUCAAGCGACCACCCAGAACAGUCAGGAUGCUCGCUACCAGUUGAUGACCCAGGCUACCCGCUUGGUGCGUGCUAUUCGGGGCCCGGCCGACCUCGUCUUUGCCAACUUUGAAGAUAUGGUUCGGAUAGGCGCAAUUCGGACCCUGUUGGAAGCUGGGGUAUUGGAUGCCAUCCCGACCGGGGGACAGAGCAUCUCGGCCUCGGAGAUCGCGGCCAAAACCGGGGUCGAUAAAGAACUCAUCGUGCGCCAUAUGCGCGCCCUGACGCCCACGGGACCCUUUCGCGAGACAGGAGAGGAAUUGUAUGCGCACACCGCCGAGUCGGAAAUCCUGCUGGCCCCCCAGAUGCGGGCGGUGUUCAGUCUAAUGGUCGAUGAGUAUUCGCCCGCCAUGCUACGGGCCCAUGAAUAUUUCUCGCAGCAGGGCUGGCAGCAUCGCAUCGAACUCCGCCGCAAUCCGUUCACUUUCGUGCAUGGCUGCGACGGACAGACCAUGUUCGAGCACAUAUCUCAGAACCCUGCCCGCGCAACCCGGCUGAAUGAUGCCAUGGUGGCGGAGGAUUCUCUCCUUGCGGAGAUUGGCCUAUAUCCCUUCGGGUCCACACUGAGUCCACUUGCGCAGCCAGACAUCGCCACGAUCGUGGACGUCGGCGGGGGUCGCGGGCAUAUUCUGCGUCAGCUCAAGGAGAGCUUGGCAGGUAUCCCUGGGCGGUAUAUCUUGCAGGAUCGCGAGAGUGUCAUUGCUGAUAAUGGCCCCGAGAUGGAGUCGCACGGAAUUGAGCCGAUGGCGCAUGAUUUCUUCAACCCCCAACCUGUGCCGGGCGCCCUCGUGUAUUUUAUUCGUCGCGUGCUGCAUGACUGGCCCGAUGAGGAGGUCCGUCAGAUCCUCGCACACCAGGCGGAUGCGAUGGAUCGAGAGCGGUCGCGAAUUCUUAUCACCGAGACGAUCAUCCCCGAAAUUGGCGCGACCGCAACUAACGCGUAUAUGGAUCUGACUAUGAUGACGUUUGGUGGGCGCGAGCGGACGGUGAAGGACUUUGCGCACCUCUUCGAAUUGGCAGGGCUGCGACUGGCGAAUGUGUACAAGGCCCCGGGUGUGCCCAUGGUGGUGCUGGAAGCUCGGUUGAAGUAA